CUACACCUAAAACUCUGCUCUUGUAAUAACAAGGUGGAAAAGAUCGGAAAAUGAGCUUGACAGCUAAAGAUAAAGCCGUGGUCAAGGCCUUCUGGGGUAAAAUCUCUAGUAAGGCCGAUGCCAUAGGCCAAGAAGCUCUGGGAAGAAUGCUUACUGUUUACCCUCAGACUAAAAUAUAUUUUGCUCAUUGGCCUGAUCAAUCUCUCGGCUCUGCCCAAGUGAAGAAACACGGCGAAACUGUGAUGGGAGCCAUCACUGAUGCUGUGGGCAAAAUGGAUGAUCUUAUUGGUGGACUGAGCUCCUUGAGUGAUCUCCAUGCCACAAAGCUCCGCAUAGACCCUGGAAACUUCUACAUUCUGACCCAUAACAUCCUCGUGACUCUUGCAGUUAAUUUCCCUGCUGACUUCACCGCAGAAGUGCACGUGGCCGUGGACAAGUUCCUUGCGGCUCUGUCUGCAGCCCUCGCUGAUAAAUACAGAUAAACUCAUCACUCCGGGGCUUCUCGUGCAUCUGCAAACAGAGGCACUUCAAACGAUAAAGCUAAAAUAUCAGAUGGAAUUAAUAAACUCUAUAACAAUCAAAA